CCAAAGUUGUGACAAAGUAAUUGAAAAGUAAUAUUAAAUAAAUAAAUUAGCUCAGUUACUAUUUAAAAUUGGUUAUUGAACUGAAACUUAGUGACAAAAUAGAUAAUCUGUGCAUACGAAAAUUAAUCAGUGUUACCUAACAGGUUGUUUUGAUGCGGUACUUACGUUGCCUACUAUAAGGUUGUGGCAAUGAUAUAGGCCCCACCCAGGCAAGCCCAGGGCUGCUGUAAUAAUGCAGAAACUAGGCAGAAUUUCGUACCACAUUUUAUUGAGCCGCCCAGCAAAAUAUUACAGAAAUAUUGUGCUCGUUCGUGAAGUGACAGUAGACUGUGUGUUGCCAGUUAAUUUAAUUGAAACGAAAAAGAAAACUAAAGACAAACCUAUAGUUUAUUUUCUUUUUCUUGUCUUGGCAACACUAGAUAUCGGGUCAUCAAAAAUGGCAGACGCACCGAUCGACUGUGAAUUCCCUGUUUGGGGAUUAUUGCCGAAAAAAGAGACGGGAGUUGUCUCAUUUCUGAAUAAAAAUCCUCUCUACGAUGGCCGAGACACUGUUAUUGCAAUUUUUGAUUCAGGUGUCGACCCGGCAGCGUCUGGUCUCCAGGUGACGAGCACGGGUGAGACGAAGGUUAUUGAGAGGUUUGACUGUAGUGGCUGCGGCGAUGUGGACACUAGUACGGUUAUACGUAAAAUUGUUGACGGAUGUAUUACCGGCCUUACGGGGCGCAAAUUGAAGAUUCCAGAAUCUUGGAAGAACCCAUCGGGUGAAUGGAGGGUGGGUAUUCUGUACCCAUUCAGCUUGUAUCCGUCUAAGCUAAAGGAGCGCAUUCAGGAGCACAGAAAGGAGCACUUGUGGGACGUUGGACACAAGCCAGCUUAUGCCGAAUCUAACAAGCAGCUGCAGGAUUUUGAGAGUGAUGUUGUAUCAAAGAAUCCAACCCUCAGCCCUGAAGAUAAGCUGCUUAAAGAGGAGUUGGAGACCAGGGUGGAAGUAUUACAAACGGCCGAGAAGAAGUACUCGGAUCUUGGGCCUACUUAUGAUUGCGUGUUGUUCAAUGAUGGGACUUCUUGGAGAGCAUGCAUAGACACAUCGGAGAGCGGUGACUUGGCCUCCGGUCCAUGCCUCGGCGAGUACAGCGUUACUCACGAGCACUCGCACUUGACGGAACUGGACGAGAUGACGGUCUCCAUCAAUGUUCACGACGAGGGACGCACGCUCGAGGUCGUCGCUAUGUGCUCGACCCACGGCACCCACGUAGCGGCCAUCGCAGCUGGCUACUUCCCCGACGAGCCAGACAAGAAUGGUGUCGCUCCCGGAGCCAAAAUUAUCUCCCUAACUAUUGGAGACAGUAGACUGGUUUCCAUGGAAACCGGCACGGCGCUGGUUAGAGCGUGUAUCAAAGUCAUGGAGCUUAGUAAAAAGAUGAAGAUUGAUGUAAUUAAUAUGAGCUACGGGGAGCAUGCUCAUUGGUGCAAUACUGGGCGAGUGGGCGACAUAAUCUGCGAGGUGGUGAACCGCUACGGCGUGUCGUGGGUGGUGUCGGCCGGCAACCACGGCCCGGCGCUCUGCACCGUCGGCGCGCCGCCGGACAUCGCGCAGCCCGUGCUCAUCGGUGUGGGCGCGUACGUGUCGCCCGACAUGACGUCGGCGGCGUACUCGAUGCGCGCGCGGGUGGCGGGCGGCGCGUUCUCGUGGAGCUCGCGCGGGCCGUGCGCCGACGGCGCGCCCGGAGUCACCGCGUGCGCGCCCGGCGGCGCUGUCGCCUCCGUCGCUAGGUAAUGUGCUCACUACAGUGCUCGAACUAUACUGUACUCGAUGCGCGCGCGGGUGGCGGGCGGCGCGUUCUCGUGGAGCUCGCGCGGGCCGUGCGCCGACGGCGCGCCCGGAGUCACCGCGUGCGCGCCCGGCGGCGCUGUCGCCUCCGUCGCUAGGUAAUGUGCUCACUACAGUGCUCGAACUAUACUGUACUCGAUGCGCGCGCGGGUGGCGGGCGGCGCGUUCUCGUGGAGCUCGCGCGGGCCCUGCGCCGACGGCGCGCCCGGAGUCACCGCGUGCGCGCCCGGCGGCGCUGUCGCCUCCGUCGCUAGGUAAUGUGCUCACUACAGUGCUCGAACUAUACUGUACUCGAUGCGCGCGCGGGUGGCGGGCGGCGCGUUCUCGUGGAGCUCGCGCGGGCCCUGCGCCGACGGCGCGCCCGGAGUCACCGCGUGCGCGCCCGGCGGCGCUGUCGCCUCCGUCGCUAGGUAAUGUGCUCACUACAGUGCUCGAACUAUACUGUACUCGAUGCGCGCGCGGGUGGCGGGCGGCGCGUUCUCGUGGAGCUCGCGCGGGCCGUGCGCCGACGGCGCGCCCGGAGUCACCGCGUGCGCGCCCGGCGGCGCUGUCGCCUCCGUCGCUAGGUAAUGUGCUCACUACAGUGCUCGAACUAUACUGUACUCGAUGCGCGCGCGGGUGGCGGGCGGCGCGUUCUCGUGGAGCUCGCGCGGGCCCUGCGCCGACGGCGCGCCCGGAGUCACCGCGUGCGCGCCCGGCGGCGCUGUCGCCUCCGUCGCUAGGUAAUGUGCUCACUACAGUGCUCGAACUAUACUGUACUCGAUGCGCGCGCGGGUGGCGGGCGGCGCGUUCUCGUGGAGCUCGCGCGGGCCCUGCGCCGACGGCGCGCCCGGAGUCACCGCGUGCGCGCCCGGCGGCGCUGUCGCCUCCGUCGCUAGGUUUACAUUAAAAAAUUCUCAACUAAUGAAUGGUACAUCGAUGGCCGCCCCUCACGUCGCCGGCAUUGUCGCGGCGCUCAUCUCUGGUCUGAAAGCCAAAGAGCUGCCAUACUCUCCUUACUCUAUAAAGAGGGCCAUAGAGAAUUCAGCAACGUUCCUCAACAGCGUCGAGCCGUGGGCGCAGGGCUGUGGACUUAUUAAUAUCGAAAAGACUUUUGAUCACCUCACAACAUAUCACGCCGAGCCGGAGCGUGACGUCACAAUCAGCGUGCAGUGCGGGCCCCACAACGGCAAGGGCAUUCUGCUGCGACCCAAAUUGAACGAUGUGCCCAAGGACAUAGGGAUCACAAUCCAACCGCAAUUCUUACAGAGCCAUCUGGAUAUGGAGAACAAAACGCUGAUACCGCGGCAGAUAGACUUCGCCAUGAAUCUGGCUCUGUCCUGCAAUGCAGAGUGGGUCUCUGCCCCCGCUUUCCUGUCCUUAGCGAAUACUCCGCGGCCUGUGUCGGUGCGGAUACAGACAGCUUCGUUACCAUCCGGACCCCAUUUCACAAGCAUCGACGCAUACGACACUAACUGCAUAGAGAAAGGCCCGGUGUUCAGGAUACCUAUAACCGUGCUGCAAGCUGAAUCGGCGCAGCCAGACUCUAAAGGCUUGCUUCUGUCUAACUCGGCCGUUUAUGCGCCGCAUACCAUCAAGAGGCACUUUAUUAUACCGCCUAUGGAAGCGACUUGGGGCGUCCUGAAGCUGACAACCAAAGACAAGGAGCAGACGGGCCGUUUCCUCAUCCACACCAUGCAGCUGUUGCCACACGAGAGUUGCCGCGCGCACGAGACGCAGAAGAUGAUCUCGGUCACGGCCGAGGCGCCCGCCGUACACCCUUUCGCUGUGGUGGGCGGCGUAACCUUAGAAGUAGUAAUAGCAAAAUACUGGGCGAACAUAGGAUCACUGGAAACGGACUAUACCAUCGAGCUGCACGGCUUGAAGCCAAGCUGUGGGCCGAAGCUACGACUGUUAGCGUCCGAAGGCCCGCGAGGGACGUCGCUGACGUCACUGCGAAUGCAAGACGCACAGCCUAACGCUAGUCUGAAAUACAGCGAACCAGUUAUUAGGCCGUCGGAAUCAAAAUUGUCGCCGCUAACAUCUAGAGAUGUGGUCCCCCCAAGCCGGCAGAUCUACCAACUUAUCAACACAUACAACUUCCACAUCGCAAAGGCUACCGAGGUAUCACCAAUAGUAUCGCCACUGUGUGACAUGCUGUACGAGUCGGAGUUUGAAGCGCAGAUGUGGAUGUUAUACAACAGCUGUAAGCAGCUCAUGUUUGUAGGGGAUGCGUAUCCUUCCAAGUAUUCAGUGAAACUCGAGAAGGGCGACUACGUGCUCCGAUUGAACAUUCGGCACGAGAACAGAGCGUUGUUGGAUAAAUUGCAAGAGUUACCGGUGGCCAUACAGCAGCGGCUACCGCAGCCCAUCUCGCUGGACGCGUACUGUACUAGAGCUCAGGCUUUGACCAGUGGCAAGAAAUUCAGCUCAGCAGCCGUCGCAAGCGGAAGUAUUCUACCGGUUUACUUCGCGCCAGUGCCUUCUGACAAAAUCAGCCGUUCCAACCUAACCAUAGGCCACACCUUAACCGGCACAGUGACGUUCGCCAAAGACGAGCUAGGCCGCAAGGUAGACUCCUACGAGUUGCAAUAUGUGGUCUGUGAACCGCCGAAGAGAACCACCAACAACAAUAGGGAUAAGGAGAAGACCAAACCGAGCGAGGACUAUAUGGAGGCCAGCAAGGAGUUUAUGACCAACUGGCUGACUAAAUUAGAGGGCGACAAAUUAGAGCAAGUGUAUGAAGAAAUAUUAGAAAAGUUCCCGGGAUACCUCGGAGCGCAUAUCGCAUAUUUACACGGCAUCGACUCGCCUACGGAUCCUAAAAAACUCCCCAACGCCGACGAAGAGACCGACGUGACGACGGCGUGGUGUGAGCAGCUCAUCGCCACCGCCGACAAGGUGAUCAAGCAGAUCGACCAGGAGAAACUACUCGCCUAUCUCGGCAUGAAGAACGAUACUAGGAGCGACGCCACGAAAAUUAAACAGGAGCAUGAGAAACAACGCGGCUACUUUAUCGAUGCGCUGUGCAGAAAGGGUACCGCGCUGUGCCGCCUUAAAUUCCUAGCGCAGAGCCCCGCCGCCAAGGACAAGUUACUGGCGCAGCUCACUGCCAACAUGGCCGACUUGCUCAAGUUCACCGACCUCACCGACGCCAAGGCGAUCCACUACGGCGUUUGGCACUGCUUCACCCUCAAGCACUGGGGCCGCGCGAUCAAGCUCCUCGCCAAGAUCCAGGAAGACCGGCCCUCGCGCGAGGUGGAAGAGCGCCUCGUCCAGGCCUACCAACAGCUCGGCUGGGACUACCUCGUCAAGUACACGCAGUCGUCCAUACCGAUCAAGUACCCUAGUAGCUACCGUCCGUUCUAA